AUGCCCCUCCCAACACGCAAAUUCGGAAAGAACGGCCCCGAGGUCACAGCCCUUGGCCUCGGACUAAUGGGCUUGAGCGUUGGGUAUGGGAAGCCUCGGUCAGACGCCGAGAGACAGGCGUUCCUGGAUCAUGCCUACAAAAUCGGAGAGACAAACUGGGACUCUGCUGAUGCUUACGGCGACAACGAAGACGUGCUGGGCAAGUGGUUCGCCGCGAACCCGGACAAGCGCUCCGACAUCUUCCUAUCGACCAAGUUCGGCCUGAAAUUCACCGCCGCCGGGACCCUGGAAAUCGACUCGUCCCCCGACUACGCCAAGCAAGCGCUCGACACUUCCCUCAAACGUCUCGGCAUCCCCUUCAUCGACCUCUACUACUGCCACCGCCUGGACGGCAAGACGCCCGUCGAGAAAACCGUCCGCGCCAUGGCCGACCUGCAGCGCGCCGGCAAAAUCAAGCACAUCGGCCUCAGCGAGUGCAGCGCCGACAGCCUGCGGCGCGCCAGCGCAAUCGCCCCCAUCACCGCGGUGCAGGUCGAAUACUCGCCUUUCGCGCUCGACGCCGAGAAGGUCGGCCUGUUGCAGGCGUGCCGCGAGCUGGGCGUCGCCGUCGUCGCGUACGCGCCGCUCGGCCGCGGCAUGCUGAGCGGGGCGUACCGCUCGCGCGACGACUUCGACGAGGGCGAUUACAGGCGCCGCACGCCGCGGUUCAGCGAGGAGAACUUUUCGAAGAAUUUGGUGCUGGUGGAGAAGAUUGGGGAGUUGGCGAGGGAGAAGGGGGUGACGCCGUCGCAGUUGACGUUGGCGUGGUUGAUGGCGCAGGGGGAGUAUGUUAUUCCGAUUCCGGGUACGACGAAGGAGGAAAGACUGGAGGAGAAUUUGGGGGCGCUGGAUGUGCGACUCUCGCCUGAGGAGGUGGAGGCGAUCAGGAGGACGACGGAGGCUGCGGAGGUGCAUGGAGACCGAUAUCCGCAAGAUGCUAUGGGUGAGCUUUUCGCGGAUACGCCGCCUCUCUAG